CAUCACAAAGAAAUAAUGAAUUCUUAACUUCAUCAACGUCUUCAUGUCAUAACAGUGUACAAACUACAGUAGUGAAGCAGUUUGUGAAUAAAGUCAUCACAUCUUCUUCCCACUUAUAUCAUUUGCCAAGAAAAUGUAUUUCCCCCUAUGCAAAAACGGCAAUUAAAAAUACUGACGGAAAGCAAAACUCUAGACAGCCUCUGUUUGGCCCUAACAUUCAUAUGCAAUCGGCAGUGGUAUCAAGAAGGUCAGGACUUCAAGAUUGUUCCACACAUCAAACAAAAUCAGUUCAGAGCAGUGAUAGAAUAUCAGACCUAGGCAGCUACAAAUCAAACAGUACAAACAAUUUCUGCCUUAUAUCGCCAUCCAAGAAAAACAGACCUGUCAGUGCUCCAGCAGGUCAGCUAAGAUGUACACAGUUCUCUUCGUCAAGACUCCAGCUGGCCCAGAAAGAAUCUGAAGUGCCCCAAGUUAUUAAAUGCCAGCCAGGGGUAAUCAAAGCAACAGCUUACAAGAAUGGCACAAGAAGUAUCUUUGCUAAAAUUGCUGUACCAUCCAUUAAACUGCUGCUGGAGGAGUGCACUGAAAAACUGAAUCUGAACAUGGCUGCACGACGAGUGUUCUUGGCAGACGGCACUGAAGCACUAGAACCUAAAGACAUACCCCAUGAUGCCGACAUUUAUAUUUCAACUGGAGAGCCCUUUUUAGAUCCAUUCAAAAAAAUUAAAGACCAUCUGUCAUUAAUGAAGAAAGUAACUUGGACGGUGAAUGGUCUGGUUCUUCCUACUGGUGCCAAGAGAAGGAAAACCAAGCCUGUCCUUUCCAACCGCAUGAAGAAACUUACUGAGAAGUCCUCACUGAGGUUUUUGGUGUUUAAAAAUUGCUUAGGGCAGGAUGGCUAUGAGAUUAUUGCAGCACAGGACCAAAUCGAAAAGUUUUUAGAUGCUUGCACAAUAAGAAUGAAUCUUACUUCACCAGCAAAGCAUCUGUACAAUAUUCAUGGAGCAAAAAUGGAAGAUCUCAGCAGUGUUCCUGUGCUUGACAAAUGCCUGCAAAAUUCCAUCACACCUUUGCGUGGACCUGUUUGGGUCUCUAAGGGAGAAGGUUUCAGCCCCUCAGGAGCAAAGAUGUAUAUCCAUGGAGUUCUUUUGGCCUUACACCAACGAUUAAAGUCUGCAAAAAACUAUUGCAAACAGAUGGAUUUUGCAAUUGAUGGUCAGAGAGGGGGAAUCACAGAAAAAGGCAUUCUUUCAAUGACAACAGAGGAAUUAUAUUUAGAGCAAGAAAAAGUGAACAAGCUGAUUGAGGAAUUGCAAGCAGCCAUCAAGAGCUACAAAGGUCACCUCUCAAAACUUGCCCCACAAUUACAGGCUGAGCAGGAGAGGUGUGCCUCUUAUGUCUACCAACACAUUAAAAGGCUUCCAGCAAACAUGGUUCUCCCACAAGGCCUGCAGCUAAAGGUGUAUGAAAAUGGCAAAGACACAGGGGAGAUCCUAGUUUAUAUCACCAAAAAAGAGAUGGAGAAUAACUGUAAGAAUCAACCCAGUGUUAUGAUGGAGAGGCUGCUGCAUAUGAUUCACAAAAAACUACAAUAUUCAGCAGACUUCAAACCAACAGGCCUCAAUCUUAUUCCUGCCCGGCUUUUUGAUGAGAAAAGACAAGAAAUUAAAAACCCACUUUUACUGAAGAAUGAGCAAAAAAUUUGGGUUUCUUAUGGUAAAGAUUACAGUUGGGAAACUUGUACAGAAUUUCCAGACAACUUCCAGUGCACAAACCACCAGACACUUCAAAACUUGGAAAAGGUGGACAUGGAUAGCCAUUUUAUACAAUACAAGGCUGAUUCCCAGGUAGUUUUUCAUGUCUCUGUUGCCAUGGAUAAAAUGAGGAAGGCACUUCCCAGAAGAAAGGACUAUCGGGAUCUACGUUUCCCAUCAACACUGUGGCCUCUGGCUAACAUGUGGCUGAUCACAAAGGCUGGAAUGAUUCUGAGUCGAGCUAUGGUACAGAGCUGCCUAGCUAUUGGUCAUCCAAUUAGAGUUGAGAUGGAUGAUGGCACAUCUCUGGAAGGAUAUAAGUUAACAGUACAGAAAAGAGACAAAAGCAGCAUCUAUCAACACUGGGGUUUUGGAAAUGAUGGUUCUAUCUAUUGUAAGGCUUACCCUGAGUUUGUCCUGACCUACCUAGAGGAGCUAAAUGUAAGAGAGGAGGUGACCCAGAUGGAACACCAGAUCCACCAUGGGGCCUGGUCUACAGCUCAUCAGGAGAUAGAGAGCAGCUCAGCAGAAGAGGUCACUGUACCAAGCCAGAGGCAGGUUCUGCAAAAAAAUGUCAACAAUCCCAAUCAGAAACAACUUUCAGGUCCUUUGGACGCCCAUUUAAUGCCUGCAGGUCCCCUAAGGGAGACUAUGCAGCUGACAGUCGCACUGGUGAGGAAACUAGAAGAGAAACAUCCUAAGGCCUCAGCUCAAAGAUGGGCUAUAAAGCAUGAAGGGACAACUAAACCAGACCAGUGGAAACAUUCCAAAGUGGAGAAUCCACUGUGGAAUAAGCUGACAUACAUGUGGCCUCUCCUUCCAAAUGGAGAACUUAAUGAGGAUUUUGACUGGCCAAUUGAGGGAUUGCUGAUUCCAAACAGUCCUUCACUUAAGAAACCAUCUGGCAAGAAGUCAGAUUGGUAUAUACCUGUGAGACUGAGGGCUUUGCACAAUGGAGACAGGGACAAAAGCAAGGCUAUCACCAUCAUCGGACCUGAUGUUACAAAUGUGCUCAACAGACAAAACACUCAUCCAGAAAAGAAACAGAAAACAAAGGAGAACCAGAAAAUGUAUCCUGAUGCAGACCCUGGAAUGGAAAUAUACAAGAUAGAAUUUCAGCACUUUUUGGACAAAUGUACUGCGAUGUUGAAUUUACCCACUGCUGCUCGAAGAUUAUUCACUGAAAAAGGCAUGGAACUCUUUCUUUUGAAAGACCUUGGGAGAGAUCAGCUGGUAUAUGUGUCAUGUGGAGAACCGUGGAUUGAUCCACACUUGACUAUGGCCCAGCACGAAAAAAGUCUCCUACUCAAUAAUUUAGCAUCAGAUAUAUCUGCAAUUCAUGCCUACUGUAUCAUGCGUAACCCUGAAGUUCUAGUUUUAGGAGUAAGGAACAAUAUUGCUGCUGGAGCCAAACUUUUUGUGGAUAGAGGUCUUGUGACUUUUGAAGAAAAACUAACUGAGGAGCUGCAGGAAAAUCAAACAGAAGAAAUUUUUCUGAAUAUAAAAGAUGAUUCAGAUCUUAAUUCACAUGCAAAAUCACAUCUUAAAACAGAUGCUUGGCAUAUGAAAUCCAAAUAUUCCUGGCAGGAAAUUUCCUGUGAUUUUCAUGAUGAUGACAGUUUUCCAAAGGACAAGGAUAAAGAAUUCUGUGAAACUGCAGAGUUAUUUCAGAAGUACAGACCUCAACCAAAGCUGAAUGCAGAAUUGCAGAAGGCUCACCAUAAGCAGUUUGAGUUUAGAGACAAACAGAUUAUAAACUGUGCAUUCCCAGGGCUUGUUUUGGGGGUUCAGGAUGCUAACCUGCAUGCUGGGACUGAAGUUGUUUUGGUGGAAAAGAAAUCUGAUGAUACCAAUCAGCACUGGAUAUGGAGAGAUCAUGACAGGACAUUUCAUUUGAUGAGUGAUCCAAAUCUAGUGCUAGCAGUGUCAAUGCCCAGCACACAGACUAGAUAUUCAAAAUGUGCACUGGACAUGAAACGAUGUGCUGUUGUUCUGCAGAAUUAUAAAGAAUACAGCAAUGGAGCUGCCAAUCAAAAGUGGCAUUACAUGGAAAAUGCAGGAGUAUUUAGUGCCUUUUACAGCACAGUACUGGAUCAAGAAAUCACAGCAGCAAAUCAUGCUUCUGUUUGCACAUUCUCUGUGACCAGCAGAGAAAAAAUAGACCAGCCAGGCUACUAUUUUCUUUCACCCAGUGGAAAGCAGAAGUUCAUGAUAUGUUUGGCUUGUGCAAGGGCCAUAAGAGGAAAAAAAGAACUGAAAAAAUUACCCACAGGUAGCAUAUUCUUCUGUGCCUCUGGCUCUGAGGAAGCAAGUCAUUUCUCCUUGGGGCCUUUUAAGUGUGUUAAUGUGAGGAAGACUGAUUUAUCCACAUUGGAAGCCGAAAAUACCUUGAAUUAUUUAGAAGAAGUUCUAGCAUCUUUGCGGACCGAAACCUCCAUACAAACAAUCUCAGAAAAGAUCUCUGCAGCUAUGAACCAUAAAGCAGUGAAAAUAAUUGCAUACAGAAAUGGAGCUGGCUACCGAAAUGGUCAGUUAAUCAUUGCUAGCACAUUCCCUAUGCUGCUUGCCAUGUGUACAAGACAACUUGAACUUACCAGGAAAGCCUGCAGACUAUAUACCCAUGAUGGAAUCCUAAUCCUUACCUUACCAGAUUUAGUCACGUGGGCUGUGAAUGAGUGUUUCAGACAAAGUUACUCAGAAGACUAUAAAGCGAGAACUGCAAUCACUGACAGUGCUCACUGUGGGGCUGCACUGCGUAUGGAAGAUAAGUACAUGGAGAAAGUGAAGAUAAAGUCAGAAUUAUCCUUGAUGACUCCAGACAGUUUGAACGUGAUAGAUGAUUCUUUGCUCACCAUCAUCCUCAGAAAUCCUAUAGAGGUCUGGGUUUCCUGCGGAGAACCUUUUCUACCUUUGGAUGCUUUGCAAAAGGCAGCAAGGCAAGAGAAACAAAACUGGUUAGAGAAGGACAAAAUUUUGGCUGAUCUAGAUGCUAUGAAACACAAAAUGAGACAGCUGCAAGGGCGACGAAUAACAGCCUUUAAGCCAUCCACCUUCGUGCCCACAAAAAGCACAGUUCAGCCUAUAGUAGUAGAAGGAGGCUGGACUGAAGAAACCCAAGAAGAGAUGAAACUCAUGGAAAAUAUACAACAUACCGAGACGCACUUCUCAGAGGUUCAAGCAUCACAGUUCAAAAGAAGUUCUCCAUUUUCAUCUAAACUGCUGUCAUCCAAACACAGAUGUCUGUAUGAUCAACCAUCUGCAAAAAGAGUGUGGGCUUACCGGAAUGGUUAUAAACCAGAGCAAGGAGUUUAUGCCUGGGGAAAAACAAUUUCAGAGCUGCUGGAUAACUGCACCACCAAGCUAAAUAUGCAACAGCCUGCCAAAGCUCUGUAUACACCGGAUGGUGAGCCACUCCAGUCAUGGGAUGAAAUAGAGAGAGACAUGCUUCUGUGUGUUUCUGCUGGAAAUCCUUUUCUGAGCAGAAAAGCCAUCAAGCAGCAGGUGGAAGUUAGAGCUAUUUAUGCCAGAAUCAGAAAGCAGCAAGGUCCGGAUGCCACUAAUAUUGUUGUCUCGCCUUCAGAGAAACUAAAAGGACAGGCCAAAACUCCCAGUUCACUUCUGGCUCUUACUACCAGUGCUCAUUACCACCUCAACAACGAGAAGGGAGGAAUUGCUUUGGCUGUCAGUAAACAAAUGACUCCAGAAGAACAGUGAAAAAAUGUCGUCAGCAAAUUAUCUUUAUUUAUUUCAAGUUGACUGCAAUCUACUGGCGUACUCUUCUGUACAAUUAAUCUGGUGUGACAUAAAAUGCAUUUCAAAAAUGCUGCAUUCUGACAGCUGAUCGCCUGUAUACAAUGCACAGAGCUUGGGAAAUCAGUUACAGUGCUUGUGCAUGCAUGUGCAGUAACUGCUUUCCAAAAGUGCAUGGCAAUGUGUGUUCCAUAUCUAAGGAAAUAAUUAAGUAUUGUGACUGCUGGCUAUGUAAAUUCCAUAACUUUCAGAAUUAGUCCACAGUAUUGAGGGACUGGAUAAUUAAAAUGAAUUUUCAGAAUCUAUUCUUGCAAAGGCUGUCUGCAGUGAUUUUGUGUUUGAAGGGAAUAGUUGCAGGGAUCUAUUCUAAAAUACAUAUAUGUAAUUUGGAGAACAAUCUUCAGUAAGAAAAAUAGCUUUAGCGUAUGAAUAUAGGUGAAAUAAUUUACAUUGAAUUGAUUAAGAAUCAUAAUUAAACUUGUUUCUAAAGAUACCUGUUUUUGUAAUGUUCUAAAGUCCACUUUUUUAUCAGGAAUGAUCUAAAAAUAAACUGUGUUCUGCAGCUUCUGCACUGGUUCCUUGCAGAAAUGAACAGCAGCAAUAAAAAGUGGCAGGAAAAACAUUUCACACAUCAUAAUCUUCACAAGUAUCCCAAGUUCUUUGAAAGUGCUACUCCAUGAGCUAUACAAUCAUAUUUGCUUGUUGUCCUUCUGCAGACAAGUUACCACCAUUUUUAAUGCCUAAAAGACUGUCACUAUUUUGGGAAGAAAAUUUUUAUUAGGUGGAAAAGAGCCUAAUGUUGAACAUACACACACAAAAAGCCUUCACCUGAAGCAGACACAUAGUACACUAAAGAGAAAAUUAAUUACAGAGCAAACCAGUGGAAAAUUGUUCUUACCAAAAGAAAGAAGCUUAAUUAAGAGCCUACUCCAACACUUACUGAAGUUAAUGGUAGCCUUUCCAUUGACUUCAGAGGAUAUUGCAUAAGAGCCUAAGUUAAUAUUCCUUGCUAUUGUAAAGUCAUUUAUUGUAGCUUUACGCUAUCCCUUUCACCAAAGCUAACAACCUACUCCUUUGGCCUUUUGGAGGGAGCGUGACGGGGGUCUAGCUAUGAGAUAGGUGGAGACAAAGGGCUUGGCUACACUUGCAAGUUAGAGCGCAUUAAAGCAGCUCCGGGCGCCCUAGCUCAC